GACAGAGAAUACUUCAACACAAAAACAGCAAAAAAUUUAGAAAUGAUUGAAGAAGAUUGGAGUCGAUGUGAAGUUCUUGUGAAGUUAUUGAAACCACUGCAACUAACCACGACAGUAUUAUGUUCUGAACAACAAAUCACAAUAUCAAUGGUUCGGCCACUUGUUGCUAGUCUCAUAAGUAAACACUUGAAUUCAAAUCAAACAGACUGUAUGUUUGCUACAACAUUCAAAAGCACAGUUUCCAAAGAAUUGGUGAAACGAUUUUCAAUGGAAGAUCCGAAUGAUGAGGAAAGUACUGAUAAUUUACCGGUGCUUAUAGCGCAAAUGGCAAGUCUGCUUGAUCCCAGGUACAAAAACUUAAAAUUCGAGUCCUCUGAGCAAAUUAAAUACCGUAUACAAUCGAUGAUUCGUUCAAAAAUUUUAUCUGUUAAUAACUUUUUGACAAAUGUAGACAAUUGUAAUCAAAUAGCAAAAAAGACUGUAUUAGAUGAGCUAAUGGGGCAAUUUUGUGAUGACGAUGAAGAUGAAUUUACUCGAUAUUUGUCAGAACCACAAAUUAAUCAUAAUGAGAAUCCAUGUUUGUGGUGGAAAGCUCGUGAAAAUGUCUAUCCGACUAUAUCAGUUUUAGCAAAAAAAAUAUUAUGCAUUCCUGCAUCGUCAGCAUCGUCUGAACGCGUAUUUUCUAGAGCCGGUAAUAUUAUAACACCCAAGCGAAACAAAAUGACGCCUCACCACUUGUCAGCAUUAGUAUUUUUGAAAAACAACCUAUAA